AUGGAGACCUUGAUCGAUUUGGUCGAGCCCGACGCUCCGACGGCGCCUUCCUCGACCAGCUGUGAUGACGACGUGUUCACCGUGCCCAGCGCUCAGAGGGGCGAAGCGGAUUUGAUCGUCCUCUAUGACGACCUCCUCGACCUCGACACGCCCCCUUCAACACCACCACAGGUUGUUAAGCAGCUAUCGUCUCCGUCAAGCCCACUGCUCACGCUGGAGCAGACGCUGCGGCUGUUCGAACCGCCGCAACUUCACUACUCACCAGAGCUGACACCAGUGGAUUACACAGAUGUUAACCCGCACGCUCCGCUUGUCGAACUCGACUCCUGCGAGGGACCGGCUGCUCGUCCGCGACCUCCACACACAGCGCCAUCUGUGCCUCGAGCGCCUUCAGGCUCCUACACGUCCUCCCAGUCGUCGUCACGUCCCUCGUCUCAGCCCACUCAGCUCAGCUCAACUCGCGUGUCCAGUGUAUCCACACAGUUCGCCGCACGGGCUUCCCCGCUCGUGCCCCCGGUCGCUGAAACUCCCGCCCAGUCGCGCCCCUAUAGUGCACGCCCAGCUCCAACUCAACAAGCUCACAUUGCGGCUCCCCUUGCAUCCAUUCCCUCGUCGGCACGUACCGCCCGGCAGACCAGCAUCGACAAAGGGAAGAACGGGUUUGCCGCUGCGGAUCCACACAAGACCGGCCCUCCUGCAACAGCCUCACCGGCUGACACCUCACCCGUUGCAUCGACCGCGAGACCCAAGCCUCGUCCGCUGCCUCCCAUCCCACAAGUGUCGCGGGUGGCUCCUCCUCAAACGACUGAUCCAGCGGCACCUCCGCCGCCGCCAGCUGCGCCGCCAAAGAAGUCCGCCCGCGCUGCCAGGAGAGCUACCGACUCCGACUCUGAGUUGACGGAACCAGAAGGGGCUGUCACAGAGUUCUUCUACGCCCCUACCGCUGCCUUCAUGACUGAACUGUCAAAAGAGGCGUACGCCGACAAGGCAGCGUACGAGCUGUAUCUCCGUGCGCCUUCGCCUCGGACGCGCAUACCGCUGAGCAACAACUACACACCUCUCGAGGAAAGCCUCCUGCGGUCUUGGGCCAAGGCCGAGCCGUCUCUGGAGCAGCGCAAGCUCAUAAAGGACUUGCUUGCGACCUUGACAAUGGGGCUGGAGAGGUGGGAGCUGAAGAGCGGCGCUGCGAAUGGGAGAGCGUGUGAGCGCGUGCUUCGCGUGGAUCCCUUUGGUAGUGUGGCGUGGGGCGGAUCAACGGGGAGCAAAGGAGACUUGGAUCUGGUCAUCAUUGUGAGAGCUUGGCAGGCGGUGCGGACUGACACCAGGAUAAGCGGCUCCCCGAAGGAUGUGAGAAUGGUGAUAGAGGGGAUGCUGAUGGUAGACCACCCGUCUCUGUGGCGACCAGACCCAGUCGGCGACAAGUAUGAAGUUAUGCGUCCCAUCGUGAAGGCCAAGAACAGUCUCUACAACGUCUACUACCUCAAGCAAAAGCUCAGCCAGAUCGCAGGCGUUUCAGACUGCCAGGCUAUCAAGGGUGCCACAGUACCCAUCGUCAAGUUUAAGUACCGAAACUCUAUCGAGUGCGACAUCAACGUGAACGACAUGGGUGGCUGGAACAACUCGAAGCUGAUUCUGGCCUACUGCGAGCUGUCACCGUUCGUUCUCCGGCCUCUGGUUCACUUCCUCAAGCUAUGGGCGGCGAGGUUCAACUUGAACGACCCCUCGGCGUCGCGGGGUCCACGGACAUUCUCGAGCUACUGCCUGACGCUGAUGGCGAUUGCCUACCUGCAAGCGGUGGGACAUCUGCCCAACCUCCAGCAAGGAGUCAAGGUGCCUCAGAACCUCGACCCUGCAAACGCCUACCUGCCCGAUACAGUCUGGGUCAACUGGGGCCGGCAAAAGGGAGCGGCGGCUCACAUCUGGUUCAGACAGAAGCCGCUGCCGGGCUGGGUGCAAGAGGACAUCACCCUCGGCGACGCUCUCAUCGGCUUCUUCGCUUUCUUGAAAGGCUCCUUCGAUGCGUCCUCCCAGGUUCUUUCUGUUCUGAACGGUGGUGUGAUCAAGCGUACAAGUGAGAAGGGCACGGCAGAGGAGCGGCGUCGUUUAGUGGCAAAGCAGCUGGCGCAGCUGUCUCCUGAGAAUGCCAGCGUGCGUCUUGCAGACUUCGACGAUAUGGAGCGAACAAACUGGCACGAGGGUAUGGGAACUGGCAAGUCGGGUGUGCAGCCGUUAGCAUGGACCAGAGACGCCCUGGUCGUCCAAGACCCCUUCAUCUGGGAGAAGGACGGUAUGGCAGAUCGCGACCGACUAUCGAUCGAUACAUCGACAACCCCCGGCCGCGCGCCGCCGCCGCCGGCGGUGUCGGCUGGUGCGUCGCAGGCUAGCUCGUCACGACCCUCGCCAGUGUCCCAGUUGACGACGUUUCCCAACCCGUUCCAAGAUGAACCCGAGCCCGGGCUGCUCCCGAGUCUCAUCUCCAAGGUCAAGUCGACGUUUGGUGGCGCGACGCCGCAGGCCCCGCCGCCGCCCAGUGAAGCUCAGCAGAUCGCCGAGGCUGCACGCAAGAGCGGAGUCGGUCAGGGCACCAAGUCGACUGGACCGAAGCCCACCCAGAAACCGGCAGCGAAGGCACCCACCGCCCCCGCCCCCAAGCCGAAGCAGCCCGCACCCCCCUCCUGCGACUAG